GCCUCCGCAGUCGCCGCCGCCGAGAGCGCGGAGCCGGAGCCCCCCAGCGCCAUUUCCAGCCGCCCCGGGGCUGCCAUGGCAGAAUCUGCAGGUAGAGGAGACUGACAGUCGGGUUAUGUAAGGGGAUGUGCAUCAUGCUGUAGUGGAAGGUGCCAUCAAAGCUAACGGUACUUCCAGGACCUAAUGCUUGAACUUGACUACUAGGUGCCAUUCUUACUUCUGGGGGUGCUGCUGUCUGUAAACUUCCCUGUACCUCUCCACCGUCCCAUCUCAUAAAAUUCAAUUUAGCUACUGUGUGACAGUCCUUGGCAUUCUGGAAACCAUGGGGAUUGGCAAGAACACUGCUUCUAAAUCAGUGGAGACUGGAAGCUCAACAGAGGGCAAAUAUGAAGAUGAAUCUAAGCAUCCUGCCUUCUUCACUCUACCUGUUGUCAUAAGUGGUGGAGCGACAUCGAGUGGUGAUCAGGACACAGAGGACACAGAGCUGAUGGCAAUCUAUACCACAGAAAAUGGCAUAGCAGAAAAGAGUUCUCUGGCAGAGACACUGGACAGCAGUGGAAGUUUAGAUGCGCAGAGAGCUGACAUGAUUUACACAAUUGAGGAUGUUCCUCCCUGGUACCUCUGCAUAUUCUUGGGGUUACAGCACUACCUGACAUGUUUUAGUGGAACUAUAGCAGUACCUUUUUUGCUAGCUGAUGCCAUGUGUGUUGGAUUUGACCAGUGGGCUACCAGCCAAUUGAUUGGGACCAUUUUCUUCUGUGUAGGGAUCACUACUUUGUUACAAACAACUUUUGGAUGCAGGUUACCUUUGUUUCAAGCCAGUGCUUUUGCAUUCUUGGCACCUGCCAGAGCUAUCCUCUCCUUGGAGAAGUGGAAGUGUAAUAACACAGAUGUAACAGUUACUAAUGGAACAACAGAGCUGCUGCACACUGAACAUAUCUGGUACCCCAGGAUACGAGAGAUCCAAGGGGCUAUUAUCAUGUCCUCCUUAAUAGAAGUGGUGAUUGGCUUCCUUGGCCUUCCUGGAGCUCUCCUGAGAUACAUUGGACCUCUGACAAUUACACCAACUGUGGCUCUGAUUGGCCUGUCGGGUUUCCAGGCUGCAGGGGAGAGAGCAGGCAAACACUGGGGUAUUGCUAUGUUGACUAUUUUCCUAGUGUUACUGUUUUCUCAAUAUGCAAGGAAUGUCAAAUUCCCCUUACCAAUUUACAAAUCCAAAAAAGGAUGGACAGCCUACCGGUUGCAGCUUUUCAAAAUGUUUCCUAUUAUUCUGGCUAUCCUGGUGUCAUGGUUGCUUUGCUUCAUCUUUACUGUGACAGACGUCUUUCCACCUGACAGCACAAAGUAUGGGUUCUAUGCUCGCACGGACGCUAGACAAGGAGUGCUGUUGGUAGCACCCUGGUUUAAGGUUCCUUAUCCUUUUCAGUGGGGGUUGCCAACGAUUUCAGCGGCUGGAGUAAUAGGAAUGCUUAGCGCAGUUGUUGCAAGCAUUAUAGAAUCAAUCGGAGAUUACUAUGCCUGUGCAAGGUUGUCUUGUGCUCCUCCUCCACCUAUUCAUGCAAUAAAUAGAGGGAUUUUCAUUGAGGGUCUUUCCUGUGUUUUGGAUGGAGUAUUCGGUACUGGUAAUGGAUCCACGUCGUCUAGCCCUAACAUCGGAGUCUUGGGUAUCACUAAGGUUGGAAGUCGUAGGGUUAUUCAGUAUGGUGCAGCCUUCAUGCUCUUACUUGGAAUGGUUGGGAAGUUCAGUGCGCUGUUUGCAUCCCUGCCUGACCCAGUGCUUGGAGCCCUCUUCUGCACCCUCUUUGGAAUGAUUACAGCUGUGGGUCUGUCCAACCUCCAGUUCAUAGAUUUAAACUCUUCGCGUAACCUCUUUGUACUUGGAUUUUCCAUCUUCUUCGGACUUGUCCUUCCAAGUUAUCUCAAACAAAAUCCACUGGUUACAGGAAUAGCAGGCAUCGAUCAAGUAUUAAACGUUCUUCUCACUACAGCCAUGUUUGUUGGCGGGUGUGUGGCCUUUAUUUUGGAUAACACCAUUCCAGGAAGCCCCGAGGAGAGAGGAAUCCAGAAAUGGAAGAAAGGCGUAGGCAAAGGCAGCAAGUCCCUGGAGGGCAUGGAAACAUACGAUUUGCCCUUUGGCAUGAACUUUAUCAAAAAGUACAGGUGCUUCAGCUUCUUGCCCAUCAGUCCCACCUUCAUGGGCUACACGUGGAAAGGCUUCAGGAAAAGCAGUAACUGCAGGAGUUCAGACGAAGACUCUGAGGCUACCGUAUAG